GAGUAGGACAGUCGAAUCGGCGCCGACCCCCUUCCUGGCUUCCUCCACUUCUCCCUCCUCUCAGUCCCCCGGUUUCUCACUUCUCGAUCCAAAAAUCAUCAAAAUCAUAAGCCACCUUGAGUUCUACAGCGAGCGAUGCAGAAUUCAGAUCUCGCCCUCUGAGUGGAGCGCCGUAGCACCACGCCGCCGUCGGCCAGGUUUGCCUCUCGGGGGGCCGGCGCGGCGUCCCCGCGUCUCGUCACCGGCGUCGCCCUCUUCGUCCGCCGCGGCGAUGGCGGACGCGCGCGAGUGCCGAGGUUGGCUCUCCGCCCUCCGCCGUGACCUCUCCAAUCGGCGGCGCCGCGCCGACGACGACGGCACGCCGUUCACCGACGAGCUCCUCGUCGUCAUCUUCGCCCGCGUCCCCGACCUCGCUGACCUCGUCCGCUGCGCCGCCACCUGCCGCCGCUGGCGCCGCCUGGUGUCCGGAGAAGCCGCGCUCAUCUGCUGCACACCUCGGCGGCCGCCCGGCAGGUUCAUCGGCCAACUAGCGCUCGGCUUCUUCCACCUCCAGUUGGAGGGGCUACUGUUCAUGCCAACAGCUUUCGCGUCGCGCCGCUUCCCUGGACUCCUCCAGCAGCCGCCACCGUCCCUGAACAAGCUAUUCGAUGACGGGCUGUUCGAUGGCUUCUCGCACAUAGUGGCCUCUAGGAACGGCCUUCUUGUCAUCAACCUCGAGAGCGGAAAUCAUGACAGGGCACUCAAGCUCUGCGUCUGCAACCCUAUGGCAGGCGUAGUGCACGUCUUGCCGCACCUCGGAGGCAUGGAUGGCCUUGGGCACUACGUUUGCACGGUGCUCACCGCAGAUGACCGUGACGAUAAGAUAAUCAACCCGCCUCGGUCCACCUCGUACUUCCGCCUGGUAAUGCUGUACACCCGAUGUGGCUUCACCGCGUUCCGGAGCUACUCGUCCGAAGAAGGCAGCUGGAGCGAAGAGGCAAAGCUGACUAACCCCAGAUUAGGAAGGAAGCAGAUGGGUUUGACUAAUGACGGUUUGACUCAUAACGGUGUCGUGGGCUGUGGUGGCAGGCUAGUUUAUUGGCUAUCCAACAAAGUGGUGUUUGUGCUGUGCCUUGAAACGCUGCAGUUAUCGGUGGUAAGCAUGCCUCGGUCUGGAAACGGCCAGAGUUUUGAUAUGGGAAACACCUUGCUGGGCUUGUCGCCAAACAGCAUGCUCUGUGCCAUCCAGCUCGGCCGCAUGUCCCUUAGGCCAGCUAAUCGGAGGGUCCCCAUACGCGUAAUCACCUGCACUGACCGUAGUUGGUGGGAUACGGAGGAGUUGAUUCAGGUAGGACAAUCCUUGCCUGAAGAUGUUGGUCAUGUUAUGCUGCGGUGGUUCUGCGAGAAGAGCGGGGCCGUGUUCUUCUCAACCUUCUGUGGCAGUUACCCCCUGAGGAGUGAGAUGUAUGUUCUGAACCUCAAGACCCGAGUGGUUGAUAAGCUGGCGAGUGAAGACAGGAUAAGCAAUCCUUGGGCGUGUGUUCACGGGUACGAAAUGGAUCAGACAGCAUACCUGGCAUCCCUUGCUGAGCCAGAGGGCGUGGAGGAUAUGUGAUGGUCGCUUUUCUGCGGAGGGUGCAAAGAACUUCGCGAGUGGUUGAGUAAUGGCUUACCAAAACUACAGGAGGGACUGCAAAGUCUAUCAAUACUCACCAAGUAUAUGUGUAGUAUUGCUUUGGUGUCUGGUUGUUCUCUACCCUAGUGCCUGGCUGCCUGCAAUGUUGGUCAGUAAAAAUGGUGACUGUCUCUAGUUGGAUGUUGGCUGAGCUAGUGUCAGCUGUUGUCUUUCUUUUAGUUGGACUGGAGAAUAGGGUUGGAGUUGGUGGUAACAGGUCAUGUUUGUCGUUUUUCGCAUAAUUUGAGAUAAUGUGAGAUUGUCGGUCCCUUUUGAUUAUCUGUACUGUGCUUGUAAGCAGGUAACCUGAUGCUUAUAAGUGCUAUUAAUUAUGUUGAAUCUAUAUCCCCUGGUGCUUGUUGAAACA